GAUGUAACCCACCAUGCUUGGCCCAAAGUAUAGUUUUGACCAUGCCUUUUUGUUGGAUUGAGAGGAGUCAGGGGUAGUGGUAAGAUGCACAGGCCAUUGUAAUCACCAAGGAGAGAGAUGAUAACGUCUUAGACUAGAAUUGGGGCUUAAAUAAAGCAAAGUAGGUAAGUUUUAAAAUUAUCUUUUAAAAAGACUUCAAGGGAUUCUAGGUCUACUUGGUUUUUCCUUUUGUCUUCUGAAUGUCCAUAUAUAUAUUUAUAUAUAUAUUUUAAAAACCUGAAUCACUUCUAUGCUUAAAUUAACUGCAGGAGAAUGUCUCAGGAACCUACGACAUACUCCCUUUUCCUAUUCCUUUUUCUGAGCCAUGGAGUGUUGAGUUACACAGUUCCAAAUUCCAGGCAGGAUUUACAUCCGUUGUUGCAAAAAAUGGCGGAAGAAAUAAUAGAUGGAAGCUAUCUGAAUGCACUGCUGGAUCUCAUACAGUUUCAAAGCUCCCACAUGUGGACGGAUGAUCUGUCCCACAGAGUCCUGGCCUAUCUGAAUUCCCGGAAUGUUGCCUUCACCAUCCCCAGCCUACAGGCAGCCGUGGAAAACCAGCUGGAGCAGCGUCUGCACCAGCCCCAGAAGCUGCUGGAGGACCUGAGGAAGACAGAUGCCCAGCAGUUCCGCACUGCCAUGAAAUGCCUCUUAGAAGACAAGAAAGACCGCUUGGACCUGAAAGACAUCAUUGUCAACCUAGGAGAGAUUCGAAACCGAGCCUUGCAGAGUCCUGGCAUGAACCGCAGCCUGUUUCUCAUCACACUGGAGAGGUGUUUCCAGGUGCUGAACUCCCUGGAGUGUGUGGAGAUCCUGGGCAAGGUGCUGAGGGGGUCUUCAGGCAGCUUUCUCCAGCCGGACAUCACAGAGCGGCUCCCUCAGGACCUGUGCAAGGAUGCCUUUACGAACCUAUCUGCGGUGUUCAAAGAUCUCUACGACCAAACCUCUGCUCAUUCCCAGAGAGCUCUCUAUUCUUGGAUGGCUGGGAUAUUGCAGACAUCCUCCAAUGCCGCUGAUGACUCUGUUUCAUGGGUCAGUGCAGAAAACUUAUGGAUUUUGGGCAGAUACAUGGUUCACCUAUCAUUUGAAGAAAUUAUGAAAAUUAGUCCUAUGGAAAUUGGGCUGUUUAUCAGUUAUGACAAUGCCACCAAGCAGCUGGACACGGUCUAUGACAUCACACCUGAGCUGGCCCACGCGUUUUUGGAGAGGAUCAGCUCCUCCAACUUUAACGUGAGGAAUACCUCCACCAUCCACAGGCAAGGACAUGGGCUCUGGGCCUUGGAGCUCUUUCACAAGAUGUUGGGGUUGCUGGUUUGUUUCUACGAUGACCUGGAAUUGCUGGAUGCCACUGUGGCCCAAGCCUUGCUUCACCAGAUGAUCAAGUGCAGCCAUCUGAGGGGCUUCCAGGCUGGCGUCCAGAAGCUCAAAGCAGAACUCCUGGACAUUGCCACAGAGAACCAGACCCUCAACGAGACCCUGGGUUCUUUGUCGGAUGCGGUUGUAGGUUUGACCUAUAGCCAACUGGAAUCUCUCUCCCCCGAGGCUGUGCACAGAGCCAUCUCCACCCUCAACCAGGUCUCAGGUUGGACCAAGAGCCAGGUCACCAUCUUGUCUGCCAAAUACUUGGCCCAUGAGAAGGUACUGUCUUUCUACAAUGUCAGCCAGAUGGGCGCUCUGCUGGUCGGGGUCAGCACCCAGGACUUCUGCAGCAUGGACCGCAAGGACCUCUCGCAGGUCCUGAGAAGUGCUGUCUCCCAGUAUGUGUUCAACUUGUCACCUGCCCAGAAGCAAGGUAUCCUCAGCAAGAUGAUCGAAUCGGGAGACACUGCCUCAGGCAUUGUGGAGAUACAAGGGGCUUUCUUUAAGGAAGUGUCUCUCUUUGAUUUAAGGAGGGAACCUGGAUUCAACUCUACAGUCCUGAAGGAAAAGGAACUUGGGAGGAGCCAGGCUCUGUUCCUGUAUGAGCUUCUGUUAAAGACCACCAGAAGACCUGAGGAGCUUCUGAGUGCUGGGCAGCUGGUGAAAGGUGUGACCUGCUCACACAUUGAUGCCAUGAGUGCCGACUUCUUUCUGGCCCAUUUCCAGGAUUUUCAGAACAACUUCGCCUUGCUUUCACCAUAUCAGGUUAAUUGUUUGGCGUGGAAAUACUGGGAAGUUUCCAGGUUGUCUAUGCCACCUUUCCUCUUGGCUGCACUCCCGGCCCGCUACCUGGCUUCUGUCCCAGCCUCUCAGUGUGUGCCCUUUCUGAUCAGCCUGGGGAAGAGCUGGUUGGACUCCUUGGUUUUAGAUUCUCACAAAAAGACUUCAGUCCUCAGGAAAGUGCAGCAGUGCCUGGAUGACUCCAUUCCUGAUGAGUACACUGUGGACAUCGUGGGAAACCUGCUCUGUCACUUGCCGGCAGCCAUCAUCGACAGGGGGAUCUCCUCUAGGGCCUGGGCCACUGCCUUGCACGGUCUCAGAGACUGCCCAGACCUCAACCCCGAGCAAAAGGCUGCAGUGAGGCUCAAGCUCCUGGGACAGUAUGGACUCCCUCAGUACUGGACAGCUGAGACCACGAAGGACUUGGCAUCCUUUCUAGUGCUUUUCUCAGGAGAUGAAUUAAGCUCUAUAGCCAUAAAGUUUCCUGAGAUCCUUCUACAAGCAGCUUCCAAGAUGGCCAGGACCCUGCUCCCUAAAGAAUUCCUCUGGGCUGUCUUUGAAUCUGUUCUGAAUGGCAGUGACAAGCUCCCUAGCUCUGACCCUAUGCCUGGUUGCCAUGGAGUCGUGGCCCCCUCUUCUGAUGACAUCUUCAAGUUGGCCGAAGCCAAUGCCUGCUGGGCCCUGGAGGGCCUGCGGUGCAUGGAGGAAGACACAUUCAUCAGGACCGUGGAGCUGCUGGGAGCUGUCCAGGGUUUCAGCCGGCCUCAGCUGAUGACCCUGAAGGAGAAAGCAAUACAGGUUUGGGACAUGCCUUCUUACUGGAGAGAGCACCAUAUUGUUUCCCUGGGGCGCAUUGCUUUGGCUCUUAAUGAGAGUGAGCUGAAGCAGCUGGACCUCAGCUCCAUAGACACUGUGGUUUCCCUAAGCCAGCAAACAGAAUGGACCCCAGGACAGGCUGAAUCCAUUUUGCAAGGGUUCCUGGAUGAUUCUGGCUACCGUAUCGAGGACCUGAAGAGCUUUCAUUUAGUAGGACUUGGUGCAACCCUGUGUGCUAUAAACAUCACUGAAAUUCCACUUAUAAAGAUCUCAGAAUUCAGGGUGGUAGUGGCCAGAAUUGGGACACUGCUCUGCAGUACGCGUGUCUUGGCUGAGUUUAAGAGGAAGGCAGAAGUUGUGUUUGGGGAUCCCACUGAGUGGACCAGCUCUGUCUUGCAGGAGCUUGGGACCAUUGCAGCUGGAUUAACUAAGACAGAGCUCCGGAUGCUUGACAAGGAUUUGAUGCCAUAUUUCCAGCCAUCAGCAAUAAAAUGCCUUCCUGAUGAGAUAUUCAAAGAACUGUCCGCAGAGCAGAUCGCCUCCCUGGGCCCGGAGAACGCAGCGGCCGUGACCCAUGCCCAGCGCCGGCGGCUCAGCCAACUGCAGCUGCAGAGCCUCCAGUGGGCGCUAGAUGGCGCCAAGACUCACUCCUGGCAGGACGCGCCCGCGAACGCCGGUCCCACUGGGACCCCAUCCUCGCGUUCUCCCGCAGGAGCUCCCCUGUUGUGGGAUCUUUGGCUUGGUUGUCCCCUGCUGGUUCUAAUGGCCAAGAUCCUGUGGUGAGUGGCCUGAGCGCAUCAUCCUGUGUUGCCCCCUGCAACUGGCCAACAUGUGUAGAGACAGGACGCUCCAGAUGGUGGGAGACCCUUCCCUGGAUCCAGACCCUCACCUAAGGCAGGGACACCCCGGGGCCUUGGUGGUUAAAAGGCACCAAAAGGAAAAACAAUUAUUAAACAUAAUAUUGCAAAUUA